GAGACAGCUAGAAAAGAACAAAUGAGCUUUUCAGUUGAAAAUCCUCAUCCACAAACCGUAAAAAACAAAUCACAUUUCCUCCUUAUAAAAGGAGAAGAACCGUCUUCUUAAUCUCCUUCAUCCUAUCUCCUCUAGAACUCUCCAGGAAAGGAGAAGAAGAAGAAAGCUUGCAAUGUUAAGAAGCUCUGUUAAUGUCUUCUUCCUCUUCUUCUUCCUUCUCAUGUCCCUCACCAUUCACUCUCAGGAAACUCAGGCUGAUCAUCACUACUCUCCAGCUCCGGCGCCGGCGGCUCAUGGCCCAAAGAAGGCUCCAGGCCCCAUAGCAUCUCAGCCUAUUGCUGCUCUUCCAAUGUAUGGAGCCACCCCUGGAAGCCUCCAUCCUCAGGAAUGUGCGGGGAGAUGCGGCGACAGAUGCUCGGCGACGGCUUACAAGAAGCCAUGCUUGUUCUUCUGCCAGAAGUGCUGUGCCACUUGCCUUUGUGUGCCUCCUGGGACUUACGGGAACAAGCAAUUCUGCCCUUGUUAUAACAAUUGGAAGACUAAGAGAGGAGGGCCUAAAUGUCCUUAGGUAAUGUUUCAUAAGUAAAUUUGAAUCCUUGUUCAAUUCUCUAUGUAUGGAAUGUGGGAUAGAAUGUUUAGAGGAAUAAAAUGAUGUAUAUCAAGCAUAUAUAAAUAAAUGUUCUUUGUAUGUUAUUUU